GGUCGCUGUGUGAGGCCUAGUCCUCCAGGAUGAAGUUCCACCUUUUCAAGGAUAAGGCGGAGGCCAUCGUGGGGGCGGAGCCUACCGGGACCAGCACCAUGACCGCUGCCCCGCCCGCUGUGGUGUCCACCGUGGCCGACGCCCCCCCCUCGGGGAAUGGGACGGAGGUCGAGAACAAGAACGACAUGUUUGAGGAGAUCAAGACCAAGUUCCUCAACGAGAUCGAUAAGAUCCCUCUGCCUCCCUGGGCGAUCGUUGCCAUCGCGGUGGUGGCGGCUCUGCUGCUGCUGACCUGCUGCUUCUGCAUCAUCAAGAAGUGCUGCUGCAAGAAGAAGAAGAAGAAGGGCAAGAAGGACAAAGGAGGCUUUAACAUGAAGAACAUGAAGGGAGACGAGGACGAUGAUGAUGACGAGGGAGAGACAGGACUGACGGAGGAGGAAAAGGAGGAGGAGGAGAAGGAGGAGGAGAAGCUGGGGAAACUGCAGUAUUCUCUUGAUUACGACUUCACCGAUGGCAAGCUCACUGUUGGCAUCCUCCAAGCUGCGGACCUCAUCUCCAUGGAUACCGGUGGGACCUCUGACCCCUAUGUCAAGGUGUUUGUCCUGCCAGACAAGAAGAAGCACCAAAGCACCAAAGUGCAGAAGAAGAAUCUCAACCCUGUCUUCAACGAGUCGUUCGUCUUUAAGAUCCCGUACGAGGAGUUAGGCCCCAAGACGCUGGUGAUGUCGGUGUACGACUACGACCGCUUCUCCAAGCACGACAUCAUCGGGGAGGUGAAGCUGCCCAUGAACACCCUGGACCUGGGCCAGCCCAUCGAGGAGUGGAGGGAUCUGGAGAACGCAGAGAAGGAGGAGCCUGAGAAGCUGGGAGACAUCUGCAUCUCGCUGCGUUACGUCCCAACGGCAGGGAAACUCACCGUCUGCAUCCUGGAGGCCAAGAACCUGAAAAAGAUGGAUGUGGGAGGACUGUCCGAUCCGUACGUGAAGAUCGCGCUGCUGCAGGGCGGUAAGAAACUGAAGAAGAAGAAAACCACCGUGAAGAAGAACACCCUGAAUCCCUACUACAACGAGUCGUUCAGCUUUGAGAUCCCCCUGGAAACCAUGCAGAAAAUCUUGGUGGUGGUGACGGUGUUCGACUACGACAAGAUCGGCAAGAACGACGCCAUCGGGAAGAUCUUUGUGGGCAGCAAGGCGACAGCCUGGUCCGACAUGCUGUCUAACCCCCGCCGGCCCAUCGCCCAGUGGCAUCCGCUGCAGCAGGAAGAGGAUAUAGACGGCGCCCUCGCCGGGCUUUUUGCAAAGAAGUAACUUCAUCUCCCCCCUGACCGCCUAACAGACUAACUCAGAAACCCCUUAACCCUUCCUCCUCAAUUCCUCCCUCUCUACCCCCCCCCCCCCAAACCGUACACUGCAUGAAAGUCAUGACUUACAGAUGGCGAAGGUGACUUUGUCAAACUUUGAAAAAAAGAAAAAAGAAAUUAAAGUUAAACAUCAAGAGUAUCAGCUUAUAAGAACAUACAUCCUCACACCUUUGCAUUUCACACGUUUAUGCGAAUGACGAGAGCGAGAGAAAAUGGAUUGAGUGAUUAUUCAUGUGUGAGGGAUGGAUUGAGUCAGGGUUUCAUUUACCAUAACGUGCUCAUAGGAACAGCUUCUUACUUACCCUCGCGGACUCUCCAUCAGCGCGCUAGUUGGGAUCGACGCUGCUGGUGAUAGACUUGUUUAGUUUAUGCAGCAUUGUGCAUGCCUUACUUAUCUCUACCUGCUGCUUUGCCAUGUCAUUCCCAAUAGUCUCCUGUUCUACAAUCAUAUAAGUGUGUCAUACCUUGCUGUAGAUUGUAGUGUUGUUGGGCAAUUGUAUCACUUAGAAUCUGUUUAAGGUCUACUUAGUGUGCUAAUGCAGGAGAAUCUUGUUGACGAUGAAUGAGGUUAAGAGAACGCAAAAACAUGUAUUUUUUUGUUCGUUUUUUGGGGGAAUGUGCUUUUAAAAGAAAUUCACAAUACGAUUGUUUUCAUUUGACCCAAAUGUAAUUGUUGGUGUUUCUAUUUGUGUUCGAUGAUUGCUCUGU